UUACAUUCACUUAGGGUCAAAAAGAUCCAUUACCUUAGCAGUGACAGAGAACAACUAGAAGUUGUCGAUCGCUCUUUCGAAAGAUCACAUCAUGAGCACAUACGACCACGCGGUCAUUGGAGCUGGAAUAGUAGGAUCGUGGACAGCUCUUCGCUUGCUGAGUUUAGAUAAAACAGUUCUGCUUCUAGAUCAGUUUAGCAAGCCUUACACCCAGAACAGUUCUCAAGGCAAUAGUCGCAUCAUUCGUAUCGGCCACAAAGAAGAUUUUAUCACCAAUAUGAUGCCUAUUGCGUAUGAUAUGUGGGAAGAGGUAGAAACAUAUACCAAGAAGGAGCUCAUUAUUAAAUCUGGAUUUGUAGGUUUGGAGUCAUCUACGGAAAAUAAGGAUAAUUACAGAGAGUAUGUGAAGCAAAUAAAAACAGUCUCACUCGAAAAUUUCGAAGAGUUGACUACUGCCCAACUGAAUAAAAAAUAUGCCCUAAAAUUCAAGUUUGAAUCUCUUGGAGGUGCUUACCUUGAAAAAAGUGGGGGAAGCAUAAUGGCAAAAGACGCUCUUCUCACCAUUCAAGACUUGUUCCGCAAACGAGGUGGCCACUUUUGGGAUGCAUGCAAGGUACAUCAAGUGUUUCCUCAAGGUGAUAAAGUAAAGGUUGCGACUGAAAAAGGAGAUGUGAUAGUCGAUUCUGUGGUGGUAUGUGCAGGACCAUGGACGCAGAAACUGCUAACCCCUCAUCUAAUACCUUCUCUUCCUUUGCAGCCACUUUCUGUGAAGGCGUUUUAUUGGAAAGAGAAGAUCAAAGGUGCUUAUGAUGGAAAAAAAGGGUUCCCAGCUUUUCUUCAUAUAUCCGAGCCUCACGUGUUUGGACUGCCAAGUAUUGAGCAUCCUGGCCUCAUGAAAGGUUUUCCAUACAGCUCGAUCAACAUGAUGUACCUUUGUUGCCUGUUGUACAUAAGCAUGGAAGAUAAGCCAGUUGCAUACAUUUAUUGUUAUUUCUCCUUACAUGUCGCGGUGCAUGGAGGUUCUCCUCUGUAUGAUCCCGAUAACAAAGAUACGAAAAUAGAUACUGAACUGGUGAAUACUGUCAAAGACUACAUUAAAAAACAUUUACCACUGCUGGAACCAGAACUGGCUAUGGUUGAACAUUGCAUGUACACGAUGACUCCCGAUGAAAUGUUCAUUCUUGAUACUUUACCGAAGUAUAAAAAUAUUAUUAUAGGAGCUGGAUUUUCGGGAAUUGGAUUCAAGACUGCUCCUGUCGUUGGUAGACUAUUGAGCGAAUUGGCAGCCGGAAUCGAUCCUUUUUUGGACAUAUCUCAUUACAAACUUUCUAGAUUUGAUGGAUACAAGGCCGAAGAAAGAACGGAAGAAAAACCGAAAUUCAUCUUUUGCAAAUCAUUUUGAAAUAUACAUUAAAAAACAUCAAGAAACUGUAUGAUGAAAGUCUCCUUAUAUUUGGACUUUGCGAAAUUAUUUGAAUCGCUUUUAAUUGUAACAUUUUGACGAACGUUUUGUGAUUUAAUUACUUUAAUAAUAAAAAUAUGAUCUUCGGUUGCGUAA